GUGCGCGCGCGUGCGCAGGCCAGGGCCCUCCGGGGCGGCCCCGUAGGCUCCGACCACAGCGUCGCGAGGGCCCGGAUUAACUCUUUGCAGCUCAGCACUCGCUCGGGCCCGGCCGGGUUCCGUGCCUGCGCGAGCCGGCGGCGCGCCUCCCCCCCCCAGCCCGCACCGCGCAUGCACGGGAAGGGGGGGCGGUGGGGGUGUUCACGGCCGGCUAGACAUUCUGUGCUCGUGCAGGAGGAGGGCUGCGACCAUCAGGGACGUGCACGAUCCCCCACCCCGCCCCCUCCCCGAACUCCAAAAAAAAAAAUUCCAAAUACCGCGCCCCCGCGCCCACCCCGUCCGGCCUGCGCGCGAGCCAACGCGGGGAGCCCAGGCGAGCGUCCGGGCCGUGCCGGCUGCAGGACAUUGGUCUGCAGGAUGGAGUUCCUCCGGUCUGGUGUGCCCUGAUCAGUUAUUCUGAUCUGAAGAUUUUGGUGUUUAAGGCAGUAAGAUAAUAGCCUGAAUUGUUCAUGGAGUUUUUCAUCAGUAUGUCUGAAACCAUUAAGUACAAUGACGAUGAUCAUAAAACUCUGUUUCUGAAAACGCUAAAUGAACAGCGCCUGGAAGGAGAAUUUUGCGACAUCGCUAUUGUGGUUGAAGAUGUAAAGUUCAGAGCACACAGGUGUGUUCUUGCCGCCUGCAGCACCUACUUUAAAAAGCUCUUCAAGAAGCUCGAGGUGGAUAGCUCUUCAGUAAUAGAGAUAGAUUUUCUCCGUUCUGAUAUAUUUGAAGAGGUCCUGAACUACAUGUACACUGCAAAGAUUUCUGUCAAGAAGGAAGAUGUUAACUUAAUGAUGUCUUCCGGUCAGAUUCUCGGGAUCCGAUUUUUAGAUAAACUCUGUUCUCAGAAGCGUGACGUGUCCAGUCCCGAUGAAAGUAACGGCCAGUCCAAAAGUAAGUAUUGCCUCAAAAUAAAUCGCCCCAUUGGAGACGCCACGGACACUCAGGACGAUGACGUGGAAGAAAUUGGGGAUCAGGAUGACAGCCCUUCCGACGACACAGUAGAGGGCACCCCUCCAAGUCAGGAGGACGGCAAGUCACCCACCACCACGCUCAGGGUUCAGGAGGCAAUUCUGAAAGAGUUGGGGAGCGAGGAGGUUCGGAAAGUCAAUUGCUAUGGCCAGGAAGUAGAGUCCAUGGAGACCCCAGAGUCCAAAGAUUUGGGGUCACAGACCCCGCAAGCCUUAACGUUUAAUGAUGGCAUGAGCGAGGUGAAAGACGAACAGACCCCAGGCUGGACCACAACCACCAGCGACAUGAAGUUUGAGUACUUGCUGUACGGCCACCACCGCGAGCAGAUCGCCUGCCAGGCCUGCGGGAAGACCUUCUCUGACGAGGGCCGCCUGCGCAAGCAUGAGAAGCUGCACACGGCCGACCGGCCAUUCGUGUGUGAGAUGUGCACAAAGGGCUUUACCACGCAGGCGCACCUGAAGGAGCACCUGAAGAUCCACACGGGCUAUAAGCCCUACAGCUGCGAGGUGUGUGGCAAGUCCUUCAUCCGUGCCCCAGACCUGAAGAAGCACGAGCGGGUGCACAGCAACGAGCGGCCCUUUGCGUGCCACAUGUGUGACAAAGCUUUCAAGCACAAGUCCCACCUCAAGGACCACGAGAGGAGGCACCGAGGGGAGAAGCCCUUCGUGUGUGGCUCCUGCACCAAGGCCUUCGCCAAGGCCUCUGACCUGAAGCGGCACGAGAACAAUAUGCACAGUGAGCGGAAGCAGGUGACCCCCAGUGCCAUGCAGAGCGAGACGGAGCAGCUGCAGGCGGCGGCCAUGGCCGCCGAGGCCGAGCAGCAGCUGGAAACCAUCGCCUGCAGCUAGGGGCCAUGGGGACCCUGAGCCUGGAAGCCAAGACCGCGCUGAAGGCGGGGUGCUGCUCUGAUGGAAACGCGAGGCAGCGUGGCGCCUGCUGGACCCGAGGCAGUGGUCGGUGAGGCGUCUUUGCAACAUUUUAAGGAAACUUCCUCUCUAAGUUGUGACCAAACAGUGGCGCUGUCCUGUCCGGUGUCUAAUUCAUGUUGCCAGGAAGCUCCCCCUUUUUAAGGUUUUAAUUUGAGAACUCCUGUGUCCAGUUUAGAAGCAAGAGACUUCUGUUCCAGUUUUAAUUCCUCUACGCUCACCAUGCCGAUGAGUGCACUGCAGAGUAAUAAUCAGUCACUUGAUUUCCUCCUCAUUGCAAUUACAUGGGACUUCAGUCAUAAUGGCAGUUUUAAUAAUUUAAUAAAUGUACUCCUGACGGACUCGGAACACGGCAGUGGGUAGUUGACCAAGAACACUGCUGGAGUAUGAAACCAAGUUCUGGAAUACAGAGUGGUAUUAGAUUUGUAUUUUGGUUUGUUAAUUUUUUUUAUAUCACUGUUUUUCACUGUUUCUGUGGACAAAAAAUAGUUGCUUUGCCGAAAUGUUUCCUCAUCUGUUUUGAUUGCUCACCCAAAGCUGUAGUCGCAAGUACAGGAGGCUGAGCAAACCCACCAGAACGCUGGUGGGUGCAGCUGAGUUGGGAGGCUCCCCUUGGUGGGGGGGAGUUGCAGUCUGCACUGGCAGGGAUUUGCUGUGUGGACCAGCAGCGAGAACAGAAAAGGUCGUUGUGCAACAGUUCUGUGCUUUCAUAGAUCAAAAUGAUUCUUAAUUGAUAUUUUGAUGUGAGAUUUGUAUUUAGGAUCAAAAUUAGGACAAGAAGCAGACCUGCUUCUUCAGUUACGUUAGUGUAACAAGAUGUGAAGCUUUGGGGCUGCCUGCGGCAUCUGAUUUAUCCAUAGAGGAGAAGCAAUAUGCUUACUUAAUUUAAUAAAUUUAAAAUCUUUUAAAUGUGUAAAUAGUGGUGUUGGUCUUACAUAUUUCAAGAAAAAGCAGCACUUUUUUUGCACAUGGGUUUCAGUAAUUACCAUCAGUACAAACAUCAGAUCAUGUUAAAGAUCAUCAGUCCCAACGUUUUGUUUUUGAAGCACAUUUCAUCACUGGUUAUGGCUUUAAGUAGAAAUUGGUUGCUUUUCAUGCCAUCAGUUAGAAUUAUAAGCUCUGUUUCUGAUUUGGUGUGCAAAAUGUUUCUUUUAACCAUUUUCUUAGGAGUAUAAUGAAACACCAACAGUCAUUUGAAUUAUAUUCUGUAAGAAAGUAUUAGUCCAUUACUUUGGAAUAUGUACAGUUGUAGAAAAUGCCAACUUAAAAUUCAUAUUUGGUUGCUAGGAGUUUCUUAAAAUACAUUCAUUUCUUUUCAUAGCUUGUUGCAUUAAUAUCUGUAGUUAUUAUUAUGGGAGAAAUUUUACUUUUAAAAUUGGUAUAUAUGUUAUGCCCAAGAUUAUAAGAUGAGGAUGCUACCUUUUCAAAAAACUUAUUUAUUGGUAAAGUGUCUAGUUUAAAGUUAAUUUAAUUUCUUGAAAGUCAUUUAUUUUAUACUAAAAAUAGUCCUGUCACUGUGUUUGUAUGCUGUUAAGAGGGGAACUGACUGCUGUUCCAAAACUGUUUUAACCAAAGCAAAGGAAAAGUGAAUCCACAUCUUUUCAAUAGCUACUUCAACAACCAUAUUUUGGGCCUCCAUUUUUGUAUAUAAAAGAAAAUAUACUUAUGUCAUUCCUGUUUUCAUUUUUUUAAUAGCAACCUUCCCCACAUCUGGGUUUCCACCCAAAUGUAAACUUGGCAUACUGUUUUAACCAUGGUUUUUACAGAGUUGCAAGUGUUAAAUGUGAUAUUAACCCCUGUUCAAACUGCAGUAUCAUGGUGGUACCCUCCCAAAAAGAAAGUUCAGUUUUUAUCACUGUUUGUAUUGUAUAUUCGUCACUUGGCUUGUUUUGCAUAAGAAAUAUAUUUAUGUCAUAAUUUCUGCUGUUGGUAUUGUGUGUUAGGAUGCAUGUUUACUUUGGGUUGUUUUGGGUUUUGGUAGCAGCAAAGUCAUAACAGCAGCUGGUCCUGAUUAGUAAUACUGCCUCUCUGCACAUGUCCCCAGGACAGUGGAGCCCUCGUGUCAGGUUCUCGGAAGGUACCUCCAUCCUCCGUAGGGAGUUAACACUGAUAUGUGCUGACUGCAGUGUAAGAGGAAAGGAAAUUCUAAGUCACCUGUAUUGCCUUUUCAUUAUUACUUUUUCCAUCUGUGCCAAGAGACUGUCCAUAAACUUGAUGUUAACUUUUAUGUGUAACUUGCGUUGUAUUGACAUUGGCUUAGGAAGUCUAAAAUUAAGGUAAAGUGUACUAUACCAGAUGUCAGAGAUAAAGAUAAAAGUUUUCUUUGACUCA